AUGCUAUUCAAAAAGUCAAACAAUCAAGAGGAGUACGAAUUGGUGCCACAAUCAACAACCCCUCCAAAUAACACCCGUCUAAGCAACCCUCCACCACCUUCAGAUUCCGUCAAUGAAGCAUCGCCAAAAUCCUCCAGCGACUCAGAUGCUUCUCGUGUCUUAGACCUGCUCGAGGACCAAGUUGAUGGGUUUGAAGAAGAUAUAGGCUUCAAGUCUGUCUUCAGCACAUACCAGGGAAACUCCAAUUCGUUGCUGAAGAAAUCAUGUAUGACAUUUCUUGGAACUGGACUACUUCUAUGGAUCGCUUCGCUAAUAUUUUACUCGCAUUUCUCGGCACUGAAAGCUAUAUCAAACUUACGAUGGCAUACUGAUCUUCAUUUGCAAGGCUACAACGUCACUUUAAAUCCCUACAAGGUAGACAACAAAAACCUCACCAUGGAUUUAUACAGAAAAAAUUGGGGUGUUUCUUAUAGAAUUCCCGUUACUUGGCUCUCUCCGAAACAGUACCCGAGGACUGGCGGCGUCGAGAACUCCAGGCUAUAUCUCACCCGAGGCGCCAAAGGAAGCUUUAUCAUCAAAAGCAUCGACUCCGAAAAGCUGCAUGUUCUUUUUGAAUCUCCCAAAUUUGCAUACAAGAAUACCUUCUUUUCCAUUGAAGAAGUUUAUCUCAAUCCCGCUCAUCCUUACAACGAAAAUACCUACCAUAUAGUGGUCACAGAUAGGCAGGAGCAAUGGCGUCAACUGUCGUUUUCGGUAUACUGGAAAUACAGCACCGUGAUUGGUGAUUUUACCCCGAUUCAACCUAAAAUUAGUGGCUCUGAUUCCAUUGAAAAGCUUCAUUUUGUGGAAUUCUCUCCAAGUGGAGACAAGAUAGUCUUUGGUCACAACCACGAUUUAUACAUCCAGGACCUCGAAACCGACGACAUAACCCAGUUAACUACAAGUGGCUCACCUGACAUUUUCCAUGGAAAGACCGACUGGGUCUAUGAAGAGGAGGUUACAGGAAGCGAUAGGCUAGUAUGGUGGGCUCCCAACGGAGAAACCUUGAUCUAUGCUUCGCUUAACGACACACUAGUACCAUCGUUCAAGCUUGACUAUUAUGUGAAAAAUCCACUGCAAGUUGGGGCCACUUAUGAACCACCACAAACAGACUUUCCUGGACAGUAUAAAUCGCAGAGUUUGGUCAAGUAUCCGAAGCCUGGCACACCAAAUCCAGUCUUUUCGAUCACUGCUGUGAAUGUCAAAAACAUGGACUCGACACCGGUAUUUCUCGAAAAUCAACCUCAAGAACCCGUCUUCUACCGAGGAGCUUGGAUCGACAAUUCUUCGUUUCUUGUUCUGACGAGCGACCGUACUAGUGAAGUACUAACUACGGUAUUGAUUUCUACUAAUGGUGAAAGUAAAACAAUCCAAACUCUCAACACUUCACAGAGCUAUGGAGGUUGGGUAGAGAAAAUGUCACCGCCUUGUAUUAUACCAGGAAAAGGUUACGUUGAUAAAGUAGUAGUUGAUGGGUUUGUCCACUUGGCGCAUUAUGCUUCAGUCACAGAUACAAACCCCAACUAUCUAACCAAAUCCACUGGUUGGGAAGUAACCAAAGACUCCCCCAUAGUCUACAACUCAGACGAUAAUCGGGUGUACUUUGUGGCUACCAUUCGCAGCUCCAUGGAUGCACAUCUUAUGGCUGUGGAUCUUGGAGGAGGAGACCCAAUUCCUGUCACGGAUACUAGCAAAGAUGGAUCUUAUGAAGUUCACUUCAGCGACGGCGGCAGGCUACUAAAUCUUGUCUAUUUGGGCCCUGGUCCUUCUUGGCAGCGGCUAGUGCCUGUGGCAGAAUUGGGCACCGAGGGUAGCGGAGAAAAGUUUUCUUUUAGUGGCAGGAACCCUAUUAAUCUUUACGACCAGACCCAAACCCAAUUGUCGAAAACCAACUUGCCCACCAGAAACUUCCGUUCGGUGAAAAUUGGCACCUACCAAGACGGACUGAGUCUCAGCGUCAAUCUCAUGGAAAUAUUUCCCCCCAACUUUGACCCCAAAAAGCAACACCCUCUCUUGGUCCACGCUUACGGAGGACCUGGUUCUCAGCAGGUGCAGAAAGGAGACCAGUUUGGCUUCUUGGACGUGAUAUCUGCUUCGUUGAAUGCGGUAAUCUUGGUGAUCGAUCCUCGCGGAACCCAAGGUCAAGGUUGGAAGUUCAAGACCUAUGCCCGGCACAACAUUGGCUAUUACGAGCCUCGUGAUAUACUCACUGUGGUGUCGGAGUAUAUCUCUGUUAACAAGGCAUUUCUUGACUCGACUCGUACGGCAAUGUGGGGCUGGUCCUACGGAGCAUUUGUCACAUUAAAGGUACUCGAACUAGACGCUGGUAAAACCAUUCGGUACGGAAUGGCGGUUGCGCCCGUAACAAACUGGAUGUUUUACGACUCAAUCUACACGGAACGGUACUUGGGGAGUCCAACUUUGUCUGGAUACCCAAACUCAACUCAGGUAACCGACUUUGCCAACUUCAAAAAUUGUGCAAGAUUUUUGUUGGUGCACGGCACCUCCGAUGACAACGUCCAUUUCCAAAAUCUGGCGUGGCUUGUGGACAAGCUCAACAUAAACGGUGUUGAAAACUACGAUCUACAUUAUUUUCCAGACAACGACCACUCGAUCCAUUACCACAAUGGAGACACCAUAGUUUACGAUAAACUUUUCAGCUGGCUCCAAAAUGCAUUUGAGGGUGUGUUUGACCAGAUGCACCGGUAA